AAACGAACGAAGGACUACAGAGUGAAAGAACCCUCCUGCUUCGCAAUCCCUACUACGGUACUUUUCUACUAAACCUAAGUGCUGCGGUAUCAGUGGAAUGAGGCCAAGCUUUUCUGAGUCGUUGUAAUUGACGAGUUGAUAGAGCUCCAGACUCUCUUUUUUUUCAUUUUGUUGAAAGAUGAAGAAAGGAAAUCCACUAGUCUUCUUCAAUGUUUCGUUUGAUGGAGGACCCCCACAAAGGAUUGUUAUGGAGUUGUUUUCGGACAUUGUUCCUAGGACAGCUGAAAAUUUCCGGGCACUUUGCACAGGUGAGAAAGGUGUUGGAGUUUCAACUAGCAAACCUCUUCAUUAUAAAGGAUGCAUAUUUCACCGCAUAAUCAAAGGGUUUAUGGCACAAGGUGGUGAUUUUUCUAAAGGAAAUGGUACUGGUGGAGAAAGUAUAUAUGGAGGAAAAUUUGCAGAUGAAAACUUCAAACUUGACCACUCUGAGGCUGGGCUUCUCUCUAUGGCGAAUAGUGGUCCAAAUACAAAUGGUUCACAAUUCUUUAUAAUUUUUAAACGACAACCACAUCUUGAUGGGAAGCAUGUAGUUUUUGGAAAAGUUGUGAAGGGAAUGGAUGUUUUAGGGAAAAUGGAACAGGUAGGAACGUCCAAUGGAAAAUCAACUGAGAUUGUGAAAAUUGUUGAUUGUGGAGAGAUCUUAGAGAGUAAGACUCAUGGCAAAACUGGGGAAGAAAAAGCUAAAACAAAAAAAUCAGUAAGACAGCUUUCGUCUGAUGAUGGUUCUGAUAAUCCUGCAAAGAGAAAAGCCAAAUGGUCUGCCAGAGAUACAAAGAGGCGAAAGAGAUACUCUUCGUCUGAGACAGACAGCUCGGAUACAGGUUCCGAUUCGUACUCGUCAGGAACUGAUUCCUAUUCUAAAUCUUCCGAAACAUACUCUUCAAGUUCUUCCAGUUAUGGAAGGCACAAAAAGAGGCGGGGUUUAUCAAAAAAAGGAAGGAAACUUCAUAGGAAGAAUGGGAAGAGUAUUAAGAAAAAGAACAUCCGUCGUAAAAGAUUGAAGCGCAGCAGAAAUAGCAGUUCUGAGAGUUCUAGCAGUUCUGACACUUCCAGCAGUACAGGGAGUCUAAGUACAAGCACCACUAACAGCAGGUCUGAUGAUGAAAAUGCAAAUGGGCGCGGAUCUCCCGCACAUAAAGAUUUUAAGAAGGUGCAUAUUUCUGGAAAAGCUCAGAGAGAACUGCAAAAAGACAAGCAAAAAGAGGGAAAUCCAUCAGAACAUUGUGAAUUUCCCCCGAAGAACGAUAAGGUUGUGAAUAAUGGUCAUGGAAGAGAACAAAGCAGUGAUAGAGCUGUUGCAAGGGAUGUUUGUUCUGAUCCUUCAAAUAAGUCCAGGAAUGCUUCCCCAAUAGCUGAAGUUAAGCCAAUACUAAGACAGUGCAAGCAAAGUUCAAGCCUGACUCCUAACGGAAGCCCAAAGCGGCAACAGGUUGGGGGAAACACUAAAAUUUCUGUCCAAACGAGAGAGACCGGGAGGUCUCGAAGUCCUGAUAAACAGCCUUUACAUAAUGAAUCUCUUGAUGGGAAUCCCAAGCGUAUAAGGAAAGGGCGUGGCUUUACUAAAGAAUAUUCUUUUGCAAGACGCUAUCGCACUCCAUCUCCACAACGCCAACCAUAUAGGCCCAAUUAUGGUGGAAGGAAUAUUCAGCAGAGAAAUCCUGAGAGGUAUUCAAGCUACAGAAACUAUUCGCAUCCCUCUCCACCAAGACGCUAUAGGUCUCCAAGAGGCAGGAGUCCAUCUAGUUACCGUCGAUACAGGAGCAGGAGUGUUUCUCACAGCCCAAAGAAUUCUGACUUGGUUGGCAAGCAGCAGCACAACAGGAGGGCCUCUUCACGCAGCCGUAGCCCUGUGGAAAGGCGGGCCCCAAUCAGCGAUGGAUUGAAAUCUCGUCUCGGGCCUCGUGUGGAUGACCAUCACAAACGUUCAAGUAGAGUAAGAUCAAUUUCAAGGUCUCGGAGCAAUUCGAGUUCACCCGAUACUGCUCCCAGGAAUCAAACAAAGAGUGUAAGGCCUGCAUCAUCACAUCGUAGCCCCAGAGCUGCCAGCUCUCCGGAUGGUAAGAGGGGUUUGGUUUCAUAUGACGACUUCAGUCCUGGGAAUGGGACAGAGUAGGUUGCAGUAUUUAUGAUGCUCAUGACAACUGAAUUACUGUGUGGACACAACUAUAUUUUGGCUUGGGCCAUUUCUCUACCUUAGUUAAUUAGCAUGGAGUUUUAUUUACAAAUGUUGUGCUUUGACAGAGAUUUAUCUCCACUGGCUCUUAUCUUAUAUGGACCCCUUUUAUAUGCCUUUCCUUGAGAAACUUCUUGAUCCUACCAUAGGUGGGUUGAU